AUCCUUCCUUCGUCUUUCUACUCACUUUUCCCAUAAUUUCUUUCAGAUUGAAUGUGAAACCGAUUAGUUUCCAAAAUUUGCAAUGACACCACCAAUGGAGAGAAUACAAAUCCUUGAAACGAUCGAAAAGGAUAUUAUUGUGUGCCUGCAAAGUGCAGGGCAAGCUUUUGUGGAGCUCAGUAAAGAAAAAUCCAGUUUGAAACAAGCUGAAGCACAAACUCAACAAUUCUUAAAGACUCUAGGACAUGUAGAGUCUAAAUUAAGUGAACAAAUUAAUUAUCUAACUCAAGUUUCAACAGGACAACCACACGAAGGUUCUGGAUAUGCAAGCCAAAAGGUACUCCAAAUGGCAUGGCAUAGGUUAGAACACGCACGAAGCAGAGUAAACGAAUUGGAACGUAUUAAAAGUAAACCAAGAUGAGCACAUCUUAUUUAUAUAUACAUAUA